AUGAAUGGAAAAGUGAAUCACGAAAUUUCAGUGAAAAAAAAUUCCCCAGCUCCCAUGCUCGACCACAACGAAUAUUCAGUUCAAGCGAUGCUCCAUCUCCUUCCCCUCCCACAAACCGAGGGCGCCGAUUUGCUUCUCGACGAGGCACGUCUUCAUAACAGAAGACGUCGAGUGUCUGGGGAUAAAGACGUCGAUAAAUUGGUUACCACACAGAUGGUCAAUAAUGGUCAAGUGAUAAUGGAGAUGCAUGGAUAUGUUGGAAUGGAGAAGGAGAAGCGUGAAGGGAGUACUGUAUUUAUGUAUGAAGGACUGGCGGGAAGAACUAUUUCAAUUGACACCCGGGAGACAGAGGCGCCUCAAAGAUCAUGUUGCCCGAAUUCAGUUCUCAAACAUGUAUUGGGAUCCAGAACGUUGCUUGGGAUAAUGGUUGUGGCUAUCAAGGAUAUUCCAAAUAAUACAGAAGUUACACUGCCAUUCAACUCCAAUUGGAAGGAUUCUGAUGUGCCGAUCGAGUGUGCGGAACAUCAGAAGAAUAUUUUGGAGUGCCCAUUUGAGAAAGAACGACUGAAAGCAGCUGCUCGACGGGUUCCCAAAAAGGUUUCCAAGGACCAACGUCGUCUGGAGGAGGACUCUGAGUUGGAAAAGUACCUGAUCAAUCAAUUAUCGGAAAUCAUCGAUGUAAACUCCACAAAACAAGAUUUCCAGCUGCCCAGAGAGCUUUUUGACAUCUCGAGAUGUGCUCCAUGGGUUAGAGAAACUGCUGCGAAAAGGAAUUCUACAUGCCACGACGAUAAUGAUUCACAAUUCGAUGUUGCACAUCAAGAAAAGGAGCAGAAGUUUCAUAUUCCAGAAGCAGAAGACGUCCCAACUGCUUCGAAGACUCCAGGACCAACACCGUUCGUCAAAACACCCGCAGACAUUGCUAGCGUCGUUCCAGAAGCCCCAAAAACAGAAAUCCCAGACCGAAGAUCCAAAUUACUUCAUUUGAUUCGUCAAUCACUCAAAAAUGUUGAUUUCAAGCUGCCAAAUGAGCUUGAAAAUGUCUCGAAAUGUGCUCCGUGGGUUAGAAAAGCGGAGAAGAAGAUGUUGGAAACGAAAAAGAAGGCUGUGACUACUCCAGAAAACUCGGUGUCUUCCGUGAAGAUGACACCACUCGCUGAUCGUUGUUUGAAGAAGAGAAAGGAGUCAAACGUCAUUGAGAAGAAUGAGCAGGGAGCCAAGAGACGCCGUAUUUAA